CAUUUCGCCUCUUCUUCGCUUCUUCCACCCACUCUUGAAUCAUUCGCCUUUCCUUCCUACCCCCUACCGAUCACCUUUUCCUAAACCAACGCCUCGCUUGCUCUCCCCUUGCCAUGGACAGGACAAACGCCGCGGCCGCUGCCCCGCCGCCCGUACCCAUGGCGGCGCCCGUCGUCCCGGUCGAUCUGACGGUCGUCAAGAAGCUCCUCGGGGGCGGCGGCGACCUGGCGGUCCACGACGCGUCUGGCGGUCUCGCCUUUCGCGUCACGGCGGCGGACGGUUGUGGCAGGAGGUGCGGAGGGAGGGCGCUCCUCGACGCCUCCGGGAGCACUCUGGUCACUGCCAGGACCAGCGAGGGUGCGUGGCAGGCAUUCAGAGGAAUUAGUUGGGAACAGAAAGACAUAAUUUUUUCAACAAAGGUAAUGUGUACUUCUUCAGAUCGAAAGGAGGUACAUGUCUUUGUCCCGCCGAGAAGCACAUCUGAGGAGCAAAAACCAAGCUACAUACUCGUAGGAAAUCCAUCUCGAAGAGCAUGCACGAUUAUAAGGGGAAACUCCAUUGUUGCUCAGACAAAUCUCCCGUACAAACUCAAUAAGGCCGUCUAUUCAAGGCGGAAGUUUAGGGUGACGAUUUACCCAGGAAACGAUAACAUUCUGAUCAUGGCAAUGGUUAUGACCUUCCUUGUUCAAAAAUAACAUAGGUGAUGAAUACGAACAUUGCUUUCAGAAAGCUCAGAGGAUGAUUUAGUUCAUUCUUCUCUCACUGACCAAUUGCACUUACUGGACGAAAAAAGGAUUCUCGAACAUGCACCCAAAUGCGUGUCGUCUUCUUACUGGAAAGACUGAUAUGUUGUAAAUAUUUUGUUGUUGUCCAGUUUCAUUUUUAUUUUUUUUGGCUAGACUACUACUGAAAGCGUCUACUUUUCUCGCAUUCAUUGGCAUCAAGGGAUGGAUAGGACAUGGUACUAUGAAACCCAGCAUUAUCUUCUGAUCAAGACAGCAGUAUGUGUUGCAUAAUUGUGGCUAUAA